AGUUUUCUUUGUGUGGCAGUAGUGAGCUGACGUCAGGUCGGUUCCUUGAAGUGGAGCUGAAUAAACCUUGAGAAGAGUCUCCUUCAAUCUGCUGUUAGUAACUAACACACACCCUCACACACCGAGACUCAAUUACUGCCCAAUUCCCUUCUUUAUCAUUCGUCCCCGACCUCUUUCAUAACCAAAACCGACCAAGGAAGGAAAAAAAGACACAAGAGAGGCGACAAGAAGAGCAAACCGAAGAGUUAGUUGAUCUAAAGAAGCCGCACGCUGGAAAUAAGUAAAGUGUCGAAACUAAAAAAAGGUGGUACAGCAGUUAUGUCAAAGAGCUGAAGACAUCUCUAACAAUAUGGAGUCUGGAGAGCGGCUGGCCUCCCCUGCGCCCACCCUGUCUGCUGCUCGCACCUCCUCCCCUGCGGCCUCCUCUUCCUCCUCUUCUUCUUCCUCUUCGUCAUCGCCUGCGCCCCACUCUAAGAGCAGCCUGGCCCCAAGCCCAUCAGCACUGGGAUCCACCCUCAACACCUCUGGCCGACUGUUUGGAGGAGCGGGAGAUCAGCCCUUCAUUGGCUCCACGUUGUCAAGUGCCUUCCCUCUGGUGAACCACCCUGCCUUUGGAGCCCUCUACACUGCCGGGGCGGGCAGGCCCGAGUUCGGAGGCCUGGGCUCAAUUGGGAUGUCAGCUGCUCUGGCUGCCCACCCACAGUUAGGAGCGCUGACUGAGUGGUGGCGAGCUGCUGAAGCCCACGGACGCGGAGCUGCUGCCUUUAUCCCCUCUUUCAUCGGCUUUCCUCCUUUCUUCGCCCCCCACAUUCAGCCCAAUCACAACACUAGUCCUGUUCAGAUCAGGACUCCUGGCAAGAAUAGCCACGACCCGCCUAAAGGGGUGAACGGUGCAGUGAAUGGCAGUGGGGUCUGUCCUCCCACCACACAAUCAGGGAGCUAUUCUGCGAGUCUGACUCCCGUUCAGGCACCAACAAAGCCGACCAGAAAUUCCGAUUCGUCUAAUAUUCAUCGUCGCAGCCCUGAGAACAACCCAUCAGAGUUGGUGGAAAAGACAAUUGUAAAGCCUAAAGAGAAGAAAUCUCGGAGAAAGCCGGCGGGGGCUUCUUUGGCAAGUCACAGUGAAUCAGGCACGUCCUCGGACAGCUCGAGCGACGGCUCUCUCAGCAGCGAUCUGGAAGACCUCGCAGAGGAAGACGAGGAUGAGGACGAUGACGAGGAAGACGAUGAAGAAGAUGACAAGCAGAGUGAACUUUCAGAAUCUGAGAAACGGAUAAAGAAGAAGGCAAAGGUGUUAUUACCAAACACUGGAACUGGAAAGAGUGAACGGUCACUUUCUAGGGAGGUCCAGGUCAAAAAGGACAACCAAGCUAAGAAGGUGCCCUACAACCCCCCAACUCUUGUGCCAUUACCCUGCUCUGUCUCCCCGCCCACCUUGUCCCAAACUUCGCCUCUGGGCCUGCAGAGCUCCAGGACCCGGACUGAAGGGCCGCAGCAACACUUCAGUGUGAUUCAGUCCACUGGCCUGGCCGCCAACCCUAAGCCUCUCGCACUCCUCGCCCAGCCUCGUCGGGAGCCAUCACCAACCUCCUCCCCAAUAGCUCUCACCACGUCCCCAAGAGCACUGUCCAGCACUGCCUCUCCCAAGCCUCCCAAACUGCUGCCGUCCUCCUCUCCCCAACACCUCCCUCUCUCCCUCUGCUCCUCCCCGAAGCCCCUCUCCGUCCCCUCUCCACCCUGCUCCACCCUCCUGGCAUCUACCUCCCCAAAACCUUUUGGUUUGACCUCGUCUUUAACGAGCCCGCAGAAGUCGUCGCUGAAGCCACCGAGGCACGCCAUGUCCAGUGCCGCCAAAUCCAACAAGAAAAAACAGCUGGAGGCUUCACUGGCACAGAUCAGCGAGUUCAGGCUCAAACAGACUCUCAUGUCCCAAGGGCAGACAUUCCCAGCUGAGCAAAAGAAGCAGCAGCAGGGGCCAAACAAAUCCCCGAAAAGGACUUCACUGUCUUCGCCGCCAUUGCCACCUGUUCCGCCUACUCCACCCCAGAACAAUCACUCCAACCUCUUCCUUUCAAGUGCCCUGCUGGGUCUCCCCGAACCCCAUCACCCAAAUGGAGUCAUCCAAAGCACCACUCAGGACACACCUUUGGCCCUCAUCACCAAACCUCGCAAAGACGCUGCCUCUCAGGGCAGGUCCCCCCAGCCCAACUCAGACGCUGGGUCGAUGCCUGUCAAUCUGAGCACAGGGGCAAGUAGGACCCCAGCGAGUGCCCAGGCUGGUCCUCCAUCGCAGCCUCCAACUACCUCACCCCAUGCCACGGGCCAUACAUCUAGAAAAAGCAAGACGCCCAAGGUUAAAGGGCAGACACCAGCGCCGGGACAAGCAGACCCUUUAGCUGCCUGGAAGGGCUUCUCUCAGAAUCAUCUGGUGCAGUCUCUGGUAGAUUUGUUUCGAGGAGGAGAAUCUGGUGUUGGUAUUCCUGGGGUUAGUAUCCCUGGGGUUGGAAUUCCUGGCGUGGGAAUCCCUGGAACUUGUAAUCCCACAGCUGGUCUUCCAGCCAACAAGGAAUCGGACGACUCAGGAGACGACGACGACGAUGAUGAGGACGAUGACCUCGAAGAGGAGGAUGAAGACGACUCUGAUGAUAGUCUUUCAGAGUCUGACAGCAACUCUGACAGCGACAUUUCAGGAAAGAAAGUGAAGGAGUUAAAGCUGCUGCCCUCUGGAUCAUCCAAAAAGGAGAUGACUCCUCGCAGGCUUACCAAAGGUCCAGAGCUAUUGAACACCUCAACCAACCACACCGCCACCAGCUGCUCCCCUCUCAACCUACAGGUCAUCAAGAGUCCCUCUGUUGCCACCAGCUCCAGUGCCUUGGCCUACCACAGCUCUGCAGGCUCUUCUUCCUAUAGCCUAGCUUCUCCAUUAGGUUUAGGGAAAAGGAAGAGGGUGAUGGAUGAAAAGGAGUUGAUGGUACCUCUGGAGUUGGGUUGGCGGAGAGAAACAAGAAUCAAGUCGGUGGGUGGACGCCCGCAGGGUGAGGUGUCCUACUACGCUCCCUGUGGCAAGAAACUCAGACAGUACCCAGAUGUGAUGAAGUAUCUAUCCAGAAAUGGAAUAAGUGGCAUCACACGUGAUAAUUUUAGCUUCAGUGCAAAGAUAAGGGUUGGUGACUUCUAUGAAGCCAGAGAAGGACCCCAGGGUUUGCAGUGGAGCCUGUUGAAGGAAGAAGAGGUCGUUCCUCGAAUUUUGGCCAUGGAGGGUCGCAGGGGUCGUCCUCCAAACUCAGAGCGGCAGCUAGCGGGAGAAGUUACCAAAGCUGGUCGACGGAGGAAGGGACGGCCUCCCAACGUGGGCGAUCAGCUCGUAACAGAAGGGCCCAGCCCCAGUGAGGUCAAACUUCUGCGCAAGCUGGAAGCUCAAGAAAUUGCCCGACAGGCUGCACAGAUGAAACUGAUGAGAAAACUGGAAAAGCAGGCGCUGGCACGUGCAGCUAAAGAAGCUCGCAGACAGCAAGCCAUCAUGGCAGCAGAAGAGAGAAGAAAGCAGAAGGAACAGAUCAAGAUACUCAAGCAGCAGGAAAAGAUCAAGCGCAUUCAGCAGAUUCGGAUGGAGAAAGAACUGAGAGCGCAGCAAAUUUUGGAGGCCAAACGGAAAAAGAAGGAAGAAGCUGCCAAUGCCAAAAUAUUAGAGGCUGAGAAACGCAUAAAGGAGAAAGAGUUGAGGAGGCAGCAGGCGGAGAUUCUUAAACACCAGGAGUUGGAGAGGCAUAGACUAGAUAUGGUAUGGGAGAGGGAAAGGAGGAGGCAACAUGUAAUGCUGAUGAAGGCUGUUGAGGCUCGCAAGAAAGCAGAGGAGCGUGAACGCUUGCGGCAGGAGAAAAGAGAUGAGAAGCGCUUGAACAAAGAGCGCAAACUGGAGCAACGGCGACUAGAGCUGGAGAUAGCGAGGGAGCUAAAAAAGCCAAAUGAAGACAUGUGUCUUUCUGACCAUAAGCCUCUCCCAGAGUUCUCCCGCAUCCCUGGCCUCAUCCUCCCUGGACGGGCAGUGUCAGACUGCCUGAUGCUCAUGCAGUUCUUGAGAGGCUUUGGAAAGGUUUUAGGACUUGAUUUGAAUGCAGAUGUUCCCACCUUGGGAAUGCUGCAGGAAGGCUUGCUCAACGUGGGGGACAGCAUGGGCCAAGUUCAAGACCUUCUGGUCAAACUGCUCUCUCUAGCAGUCUGUGAUCCCGGUUUGCCACCUGGACAAAAGACAAAAACCAUGCUGGGGGACCACUUAACCAACGUCGGCAUCAACAGAGAUAACGUCUCGGAGGUGCUGCAAAUGUACAUGAGCGCUCAUUGUUCCAACACAGACCUGGCUCCUUUGGCCCUCAGUCUGAAGACCAAAGCCUUCCAGGCUCACACUCCUGCCCAGAAGGCCUCCAUUCUGGGGUUCUUGGCUAAUGAGCUGGCUUGCAGUAAAGCUGUUAUCAGUGAGAUUGAUAAGAAUCUGGAUCAAAUGGCUAACAUGAGGAAGGACAAGAUCAUUAUGGAAGGAAAACUGAAGAAGCUGAAGACCAUUCACGCCAAGCGGACCGGGAAGAGGGAGGCUAGCGCGGGUGUGGAAGAGAACCAGUCCCUUGGCACUCCAUCUUCUGCCACCAAGCGCAAGAGGAAGCUGGGUGGAGACAGCGACGAUGACGACGAUGACGAUGAUGACAGUGACGACCAGGCAGAAGACGACGACGACGAGGAGGAGGAGGAAAUUAAAAAAGUGAAAAAAGUGGAGACCUUUGAUGAGGAUGAAGUCGACCAGGCCACCAGCAUUGAGGAGCUUGAGAAGCAAAUAGAGAAAUUAGCUAAGCAACAUCAUCAGACCAGAAGAAAGCUCUUUGAGAUAUCUCAUUCUCUGCGCUCCAUGAUGUAUGGUCAAGACCGGUAUCGGCGCCGGUACUGGGUUCUGCCACACUGCGGAGGGGUCUUCAUUGAAGCUAUGGAGAGUGGAGAAGCCCCAGAGGAACUCGAGGAAGAGCGGCAGAGGAGGAGGAGAGCAGCAGAAGAGGUCAAGGUGAAAGAGGAACCUCAGGAGUUUGAACUGCACAAGGAGAAACCCCGCAGCCUCGACGGACAGAACCUUCGGACACCAAGCUUGGAACAACAGAAAGACGAGGGUCAGGAACAUGAGGGAAAGAAAAACACUCAGACUCUGUUCUACCAGCAGGCCGGCUGCAUCUCCAAACUGUGUACACUCCGAAACGUUGGCAAAAACGUUAGCAAGCAAUCUCUAAAGGCAGAAGAAAAGGAGAGUCCACUUGGGAUACAAGACAUUGGUCCCGUGAACAUUCCUAAUGCCUCCAAGAAAGAAACAUUACCUUCCCCCAAUCAUACUACCCCAGAGCCGGCGGCAGCAUUAACUCCUUCCUUAGUGACCACUAAUGACACUACAAACAUCCCUACUCUGGCUUCAACAUCUUUAUCUUUCCCCUGCCUGCCGGUCCGACAGGAAAGCCCAGGGAACACUCCUCCAACUUCCUCUCCACACCUCAUAUUCCAAGCCAAUGACCAGUUGCUCAGAGUUCUGACUGAGAGGAGUGGGCACUGGUUCAGUCUACUUCCUCGCAACCCUUGUGACCUCUCUUCUCUUACCACUACUCCGCCAGGAGCGCCACGUGGCUCUCCUCAGGCGUCUUCAACACCAGGCAGACCUAGGUCUCCACCUCCUUCCCCCGCUCUACCUCUCACGCCUUCUGCUGCCUCUGCGUCCGCUAGCCCGCAUCACCCAACUGGUCUCCUCAACUACCCUUUGUCUGCCCUGCAGUUGAAGUCAGGGGGCUCAUUGCUUGGGGUUUCUUUUGCGAACUGGCCUAGUGGUGUGAUAAGUCCCAGCUUACCUCUGUGCAGUAGCCCCAGCCCCAUGCCAGGUCAUUCCCUGGAGGGCAACACAACAGCAAGUGUCUCUAGUAAGAGUGAGUCACCUAUACCUCGCAUUGAGAAAAGCUCCUCUAUGCCCUCUCCCGCCUUGGAGAUGCCGAAGUCGCUUGACCACCCUGCACCUCGGCCCAUUCCAGAAGAACUGCUGACAGGUUGGUGGCGGGUGUCUCACAUCGAACAGCUGCGGGCACUGGUUAAUGCUCUCCACAGUCGAGGAAUCCGGGAGCGGGGCCUCCAGCGGCAGAUGCAGAAAUACCUGGAGAUAAUCCCACAGGUUUGCACCAAACACAAAGAUGUGGCCAUGAUUGAGCUCCGGGAGCUUGAGGAAAGCCAGGUCAGUGUGGAGUCAGUGCGGGGCUGGUGUGUGGAGGAACAGGCCAUGGAAAUGGACAUUGCUGUGCUGCAGCAGGUUGAGGAGCUGGAGAGGAAAGUGACUGCAGCCAGCUUGCAAGUCAAGGGCUGGACCUACCCAGAUCCUCAGUCUGAGCGGGAGGAUCUGGUGUACUACGAGCACAAGCCCCCCACUAAGUCAACACCAGCAUCAGGAAGUGCAGGAGAUAAGGACUCCAAGGAGCAUCUUGAGGAACGCGGAGAGAAGGGCGGGGUGAUGCGUCACCUGGACAACCCUCUGGACAUAGCAGUGACACGUCUGGCCGAUCUGGAGCGCAACAUCGAGAGAAGGUACCUGAGGAGCCCCUUAGGUACCACCAUUCAGAUCAGGCUGGAUAAUGUGGGUACGGUCACUGUCCCUGCCCCCGCCCCAUCCUCUAGUGCUGACAGGGAAGGUGGUGAGGAGGAGGUAGCCCACGGUAUGAAGGUAUGGAGGAAGGCUCUGAGCGAGGUCCGCAGUGCCGCCCAGUUGGCCAUGUGCAUCCAGCAGCUGCAGAAGUCUAUCGCUUGGGAAAGGUCUAUCAUGAAAGUGUACUGUCAGAUGUGCAAAAAGGGGGACAAUGAGGACCUCCUUUUGUUGUGUGACGGCUGUGACAAAGGGUGCCACACUUACUGUCACAAACCCAAGAUCACCAGCAUCCCCGAAGGAGACUGGUACUGUCCAGCCUGCAUUUCAACGGCAAGUGGUCCGUCCCCAAAGACCAAAAAGCCUCCAGCCAAAACUGUAGCUUCUGGUGGAGGAAGCAGCAAAAAAAGCGGGGAGUCCAAGAAGAGCGUGAAGCAGACAGGUAACGGGGAGGUAUCAGAGGAGGAUUCAGUCAGUGCCAGCAGCACGCCCAAAAAAGGAUCAAAAGACACCAGCAGGAAGAGAAAAACAGAGGAGGCUUCACCUGCUCUGAUACCAGCCAAUCAGGAGAGCCCUGUGUGUGUGAAACGAGCCAAGACGGCAAGAGACAACAACAGGGACCUGGGAUUAUGCAGAGUACUUCUCGCAGAGUUGGAGCGGCAUCAGGAUGCAUGGCCUUUUCUCACGCCUGUCAACCUAAAAUCGGUCCCUGGCUACAGGAAGGUCAUAAAAAAGCCAAUGGACUUCUCCACUAUACGUGAGAAGCUUGUGAGCAGCCAGUAUCAAAACCUGGAGACUUUCAUUAUUGAUGUCAACUUGGUCUUUGAUAACUGUGAAAAAUUCAAUGAAGACAAUUCGGACAUUGGUCGAGCCGGUCAUAACAUGAGGAAGUUUUUUGAGAAGCGCUGGACUGAGCUUCUGAAGCAAACAAACUAAACUGUUCAGACUCUCCUUGUGAACCCAUUCAACGUUUCAUACGGAACAGCAGGUUUUAUUUUAUUUUAUUUUUAUUUUUAUUUUUUUCUUACGGAGUUUGUGGCUUUUUGCAGGAUGGAAGAAAAAGUCGGCUCCUUCAUAAGGAAUCCAUUGUGUGCUUAAGAGAGAUAUCACCAUACAAAAAAAAAAAAGAAUAAAAAAAAACAUUGUUACAUGAGGUGCGCUGGAUUUAUUACAACAGGGAUAAAAGCCCCAAAGAGUCCCAGAGAAAUGGGGUGUCCUAGUGCAAUACCAUUCCCUGUCUCAGAACACUGCACUGAAUGAAUCCUCAAAUGUCACUGAUGUAUCUGCGCUAGAAUACUUUCCACUACCUGUACAUAGUCUUUUGUUAUUUAAUCGUAUUAUAGUGAAUGUAUUUAAUUUUGUAAUAAUUAUUUAUGAAUCAAGGUCCACUUCAUUUUCUAUGAAAAAGGAGGAAUCAUCUAAACUGCUUUGAAUUUAAAUCACAACAACAAAAAAAAGGAAUGUGUCUUUGUGUUCUGAUUUUUUCCCCCCCAAAUAUCAAAACAAAGCCAAGAAAAGAAAGAGAAAAAAAAACUGUUUACACUGUUCAGUGCUUUGGGGCAUCAGAGAACUGUAUUCAUUUGUUCAAACUGUAAAACUGCGUUUAUUUACAGGAGCAGCAGAGGAACAGUUCGACAACGGCGAUCCGUGUGUAUAUACUGUUUAUUAAUGUCAAUAUUAUGUCUUGUUUGCAACGAUGUGUAAAAAUUGUUUAAGAAUAUUAAGAUAUUGUUUAUGCCUUAGAAUGAUUGUAGCAUUCUAUUUUAGUGAACGUGAUGAAAACAUUAUCAUAAAUAUUGUUUGUACAGUAUAUACAUAUCCUCUGCAAACACUGUGGUAUCCUUAAUCUUGGUAGUGCCUACCCUUCCAACAGGGGCAUGUAGGGGAUGUUGUUGUUUUUUUUGUUUUUGUUUUUUUUUUUAGUUUUCAUUCUUACGACAAUUAUUUUUUUUAUAUGAUUUAAAUCUGACAGGGCCUCCAAAGUUGGACAGUAACACAGAAAUCAUUCCUCACCUCAGCAGAGAAACAAAGGAGCAACAAGCAUUCGGUUUCGCUUCCAUGAUGCAUUUCCUCAGAAUCUGCCACAAUACAGAGGACCUAAAGGCCAUUUGUAACCACUGUGUUGAACCUUGCUGUGUGUCGUGGCCUGAUGGAGGCAGCUAGAUUUUUUUGUACCCAAGUCGAAAGUACUUGAAGUUACUUUAUUUAAGAUAUUGUGGAAUAAAAGUAUCAUUCUUUUGUAGGAGCUUUAUUUUUCACUAGUGUGUGGCACGGACCUAUUAAAAGGAUGUUUUUCAACGUAA